GCAAAAUUUAAUCGUAAUUAGGGUUCAAUUAGUCUAAUUGGUAUUUCCAAUGGAUUAGUCAAAAAUGUUCAGUCCGAGGAGUAAGUUCGUCGCCUUAUUGCUGGCUUGCCUCUGCCUAGGCGCCUCAACGGCGCCACUCAGCAUGACCAUGGAGGAAACUGAUCCAGAGCUGACUGCGGGUUACUUUCAAGGUGACAUGGAAAUAGAGGUGCUCAAGAAUGGAGAAUUGUCGCCUACUCUUCACUGGCCCAAUGCCACUGUUUACUACAAGAUCUCAGAGGAAUUCGAUGCUGAGCAUGUGGCUCAUAUUGAGCUUGGCAUGAGGCUGAUUGAACGUGCUUCCUGCAUUCGCUUUUUGCCUGCAACUGUGGACACUUUGAACUAUGUUUCUGUUAUAACAUCAGAUUCUGGUUGUAGUUCGAAGGUCGGUUAUAAGGGAGGAGAGCAGACGGUCAAAUUGAAAAUUGCUCCCAUCGACUUAGGCUGCUUUAAGUUGGGCACAAUUCAGCACGAAUUUUUGCAUACGCUGGGCUUCCAUCAUCAGCAAUGCUCGCCUAAUCGCGAUGAAUUUGUGAAUGUUGUGGAGGAGAAUAUUACUGAGGGCAGGGAAAACAAUUUUAAGAAGUACACCGAAGAUCGAGUUGGUGACUUUGAUGUGCCUUACGACUAUUCAAGCAUUCUGCACUAUAGUUCCAUGGCGUUCUCCAAGAAUGGAGAGGCAACUAUUAUAGCUUUAGAUCCGGAGGGUCAGGCUAAAAUGGGACAACGAAUUGCACUAAGCGAUGGAGAUAUUAUUCGCCUCAAUACAAUGUACAAAUGUCCAUUGCAAAUGUAAAGGAUGUAGAAGUUUCUUUGUACCAUUUUGUACGCUACGUAUACUUAAUAUCCAUUCAAAUACAAUUGCAAUUAGUUAUAAUAUUUUUAGAGCACAAGUUUGGAAGUUCAAAUUGCUGAUUCUUUUUCAUACAUUCUUUGAAUUAUUUCUAUACAGAAAAUAUAUUCAAGAGUUUCUCUGACUGUAGAAAUAAUUGCAAAAAU